GCCAAAUGGUGAUCUCCAUGUAUAUUUCCGGAGUGCUGAAGUUGCGGACACGGUGAGUCAGUCAUCUUAGGCACCCACCCCUUCUUAGCAGGUUCCCUAUAUAGGUGUGUCGCCUUCGAGCCAAAGUGUAUAUAGCCGGCGUUGGCAGCGUUAAUCUGUCAUGGUACGCUGGCAAUAAACGCUGAUCAACAUAUCCACUCUCCAGUCCUGUUUUAGUGCCUUGAACCAUCUGUACAGCAACCUACCCCGAUUUCCCCUCACAUCUAAUUGGAUCUCAACUACGACCUCCUUUAGAGAUACGACCAUACAUCAUGAUCAAUUAUGCCCCAUUCUAUGAAUAUUGCCUGACGAACAACAUUAUGCCGCCACCUUAUAUAUGUCACUAUUCCCGGAAUCCAUAUUUAUCCUACUUUCGUGUGCUGCUUGUCAGCACAAGCUAGUAUACAGCCUAAUCAAUGAACGAACGUUGCAUCAGCAUCCCCACAUCUCUGUCAAUGUAGCACCACCCAUUCCUGAUGCAUGGACUUUUACACUACGAGUACAUAUACUUCAAUCUACCCUUCCACUCAUAUCUCGUUUUGUUGUUUGAGUUCGUUCGUGAUCGUCUGUACAUGUAUGUAUACUAGUUGUUCAAUAAGGAUACGGAUUCAUCUGCC